AUGCUUGCGUCUACAGUGAUAAAUGUAUUGGACGAUUUGUUCGCGUCAUACGGACUACCCUCGUACCUAGUUACGGACAAUCAAUCUACAUUUGUGAGUGCCGUGAUACAAGAAUUUCUACAGAAAUGUGGCAUUAAGCAUAGGACUAUCGCACCUUACCAUUGCGCCACCAAUGGACUUGCAGAGCGGAUGGUAUCAGCAAUGAAACUGUGCCUGCGUACGCUCAACCUCAAUGAGGGUAAUGCUGCAGAGAAAUUACGUACAUUCCUAGCAGCAUACCGGCGUGCCCCACAUCCUACUACGGGCGUAAGUCCAGCAAUGGCGUUCCUUAAACGCGAAGUGAAUACGCCGCUAAGUUUACUGAAAAAUCCCAGUGUAUCCCCUACAAUUGAGAAACGCGCUCAAUUGUCGUACGAAUACCAUGACCCAGUCUUUCCUGAGGGAUCUAAAGUCGCAGUCAAGGACCGACCCUUACGUAAAUGGAAGUUGGGAUACAUGAUAUCAAGAGAUGGGGAACUCUCCUAUACAGUGAUGGUGGAUGGCGAGCUAAAUCGCAAACAUGUGGACCAACUCAAGAAGGUGGGACAAGAUGUGCCAAUGACUCUAGCAGUAACGCCGUCUAUUACUCCUGCGAUUCCAGUUCCUGUUGCGACGCCUGCAGCAUCCGGUCCUGCUCAAUCUCCGCCGGACCAGCCUGAGCAGUCAACUCCAGUGCGGACGGGUAUUGCUGAAACUCCGCGGGCUCCUGUGUCAGAUCGACCGCCUCCAAGCUUCGCAGCUCAGUCUACUCCGCCUCGGUCGGCUCGUGAGAAGCGCAUCCGCCGUCCAGUUAUUCGCUACUCUCCUUAG